AUGGAAACCUUGGUGGGAACUGAACUUUGCUUUCCACAACUCCUCAACACCUCCUGCAGAAAGAAAAUUCGUCCUCACUUAGAAACAAUGUUGAUUUACAUUUUGUUGUCCUCCAUCUCUCUGCUCACUGUAGCUCUCAACCUGCUGGUCAUCAUCUCCAUCUCCCACUUCAAGCAGCUCCAGACCCCUACAAACCUCCUCCUCCUUUCUCUGGCUGUCUCAGAUUUCUUUGUGGGCCUUAUUAUGAUCUUUCAAAUAAUGAUAAUAGACGGCUGCUGGUUGCUCGGUGAUCUCAUGUGUUCUCUUUGGUUGAUUCUGUUAUCCAUUAUUACCUCAUCCUCUGUAGGAACCAUGGUGCUCAUAUCAGUGGAUCGAUAUGUGGCUAUUUGUUAUCCUCUGCAUUACUUCACCGUAGUUAAACCAGUAAGAAUUCAAGUCUGUGUUUGUCUGUGUUGGAUGUUUGCUGUUUUAUUUAACGGUCUGCUGCUGAAGGAUAACCUGCAACAUCCAGGCAGGUAUAACUCCUGCAUAGGAGAGUGUGUCUUUGAAAUUAACCACAUCGCUAAUCUUUUUGAUCUGAUUGUUUCAUUCAUUUUUCCCAUUACUGCUAUUGUCAUUCUAUAUAUUAGAAUAUUUGGGGUGGCUGUGUAUCAGGCUCGUGCCAUGCGGUCUCACAUUGCAGUUGUGACAAUGAAAGUAAACGCUAAAAAGUCUGAAAUGAAAGCAGCCAGGAAUCUUGGUGUUGUUGUAGUUGUGUUUCUUAUAUGUGUUCUCCCAUAUUAUUGUUCCGCUCUUAAAUCCCAAAAUAACUUGUACACAGCUUUAUCUGUAACCAUUGUAAUAUGGUUUUUUCAUUUCAACUCCUGUCUCAACCCUCUGAUCUAUGCCACUCUCUACCCCUGGUUCAGAAAAUCAAUUAAGGUCAUUGUUACACUUCAGAUACUGAAGCCUGGUUCCUAUCAGUCCAACAUGCUUUAGAGACACGCUGCAUGGGUCUAAUCUUGAGAAUUGAAUUUCAUUCAUGGUGCAAAUUAAUCAAGAUUUCCCUUUUAACUUCAAUAUAUUGGCCCAGAACAAAAGGUUAAUUUUCUUUCUCAGGUCCCCGGGCCGACCUACAAUAACCUGGAACAGCUGUAUUUUACAACACUAUACCCUCUGGCAAUUCCCCUUG